CCUCCCCUUCGUAGCUCUCCUCUGCCCAACCAUCUUCUUCAACCAUGGCUAGCAUCAUACUCAAGGGCUCCGGCCAAAAGAUGCCGAUCGUUGGCUUUGGUCUCUGGAAGGUCACCAAGUCCUCUUGCGCCGACACCGUGUACAACGCCAUCAAACACGGCUACAGGCUCCUAGAUGGUGCCGGUGAUUACGGUAACGAGAAGGAGGCCGGUGAGGGUGUUGCUCGUGCCAUUAAGGACGGCCUUGUAAAGCGGGAGGAGCUCUUUAUCACCUCAAAGCUGUGGAACACCUUCCAUGCCCGUGAGCAUGUCCGCCAAAUGGCCGACUACCAGCUCAAGCUGUGGGGCAUUGAAUAUUUCGAUCUUUUCCUGAUUCACUUCCCUGUUUCUCUGAAGUACGUCGAUCCCGGACACCGCUACCCCCCUGAGUGGUUCGGCGAUGAUGGCAAGGUGUACACCCAGAACACCCCCAUACAGGAGACGUGGGAGGCGAUGGAGGAGCUCCACUCUGCUGGCCUUGCCAAGAACAUCGGCAUUUCCAACUUUGCUGGCGGCCUCAUCAUUGACUUGAUGAGAUAUGCCCGUGUUCCCCCUGCAGUCCUUCAGAUCGAGCACCACCCUUACCUUACCCAGGAGCACCUUGUAAGGCUUGCCCAGGAGUUCGGCAUUGCCAUCACCGCAUACUCCUCCUUUGGUCCUCAGUCCUUCGUCGAGCUUAACAUGGACCGUGACGCGAAGCUCCUGCUCGAGCACGACACAGUUACCUCGAUCGCUGCCGAGCACGAUAAGACUCCCGCACAGGUGCUCCUCCGCUGGGCAACGCAGCGCGGCAUUGCGGUCAUCCCGAAGUCGAACAACCAGAAGCGUCUGGAGCAGAACCUGCACUGCAUUGACUUCAACCUUUCGCCGGAGCAGAUCAAGGAGAUCUCCUCCCUCAACCACAACUUGCGCUUCAACGACCCUGCUGACAUUGACGUCCGCCUCUCCAUCUUCGCUUAAAUCUCUGUAAUGCGGGCAAGCUCGCUGUCCAGGGUUAUAAUCGUAGACCACGCAAUCGGAUAGAGAUAUGUGUCAAUUAGGUCCAGAGAUGCGCAA